AUGUUGCAAGAUGUUGCACCAUGUUGCCGAAAUGCACGCGGUGGCGCGGUGUUGGAAACGCGAGGCUGGGCUUUUAUCUUCUGGGAGUCCUGGUGCCCGCGAUGCAAUGAUGCAAGAUCGCAAGAUCCAAAGAUGUUCCGAGAAACGCUUCAUGGGCACAUGCUGCUGGGCUGCCAGCUGGCUCAGCCAGCUCAGCAGGUGCUCCUUGGUGAAGAGGCCUACAUGUCGCAGCGGCAUUUCCUGGAGGCCCAGAUGUGCCGGCGCCUGUUCGGGCCAUCGGAAACGAAGCCGGUGGCAGCUUUGGAGUCGGAGCCGGAGGCCGAGGCAGCCGCGGCGGAGGGCUUGGAGCCCUUGCUGGAGCCAGAAGAGGACCAGCAACAAACAUGGCUGCUCUUGCAGUCGAUGCCCUUGCAGCAACUGCUCCCCUUGGUGCAGCACCUCACUGGCGGUCAGGGAACCACUGCUUCGAGCGCGGCCUACCAGGCGGACGAAGAGGAGUGCUGA